UCGCCGUCUCCCCCUCAACACCUACCCCCACCCGGGGUCCUCUGUAACGGACGCGAAUGCCACCCAACUCAACAAAACUGCUCAACAGCUUAUAUCACAUUCACACCCCUCAAUCCCGAAAACCACCCACCCUCUCUCUCCCCCCACCCCAACUUCGCUCUUCUCUUCUCCAUUAACAAAUCUCUUCGGGGAGAAUAAGUUGCAGAGUAAACAAAUCUAGAGAGAGAAUUUCGCUCUUCCUGUUUUCUCUCUCUAUAUUAUAGAUAUCAUCUUUCCUAUAUAUACACAUAUUCACCUUCAGAUAUAGCUAUAUUUUUGCACCUAUAAAUACACAAAAAUAUAUACACACACUCCCUUGCUGCAGAAGCGUGAUAACAGAUCUCGAGAUUCGAACGGAGGAAUUGCGCAUUUUCUAUUUGAGAAACUGUAAAAGAAAUUCAACUUCGUUAUUGCAAUUUUUUUGCUUAUUAAAUAUCGGUUCAGUUCUGUUACUUUGAACUGUUAGCAUUUCCAUUGACGGAGGUCUGUAGCUAUUGGAGGAGUUGAAUGUGAUGCAAAUAUUGUAGAGAAGAGUUUUUUAGUUUCAGUAUUAUGGAGGAUAGAGGAGGAUCGUUCGUGGCAGUGAGGAGGAUAUCUCAAGGACUUGAAAGAGGCAAUACUUGCCAUUCAACUUCUGCGGAGGUUGUGGCAGGAUCAGCAGCGUGGCUUGGCAGAGGCCUUUCAUGUGUUUGUGCUCAAAGGAGGGAGAGUGAUGCUCGUCCAUCAUUUGAUUUAACUCCAGCCCAGGAGGAAUGUCUGCUAAGGCUACAAAGCCGUAUAGAUGUUGCAUAUGAUAGUUCUAUCCCUGAACACCAGGAAGCUUUAAAAGCUUUAUGGAAAGUUGCCUUUCCUGAGGAAGAACUUCGUAGUUUAAUAUCUGAACAGUGGAAAGAAAUGGGCUGGCAAGGAAAAGAUCCUUCUACUGACUUUAGGGGUGGUGGAUUUAUAUCGCUGGAGAAUUUGUUAUACUUUGCAAGGAACUUCCCGAAAUCUUUCCAGGAUCUUCUCCGAAAGCAGGAAGGUGAUAGAGCAAUUUGGGAAUAUCCAUUCGCUGUUGCUGGCGUCAACAUCACAUUUAUGCUUAUCCAGAUGCUCGAUUUGGAAGCUUUAAAACCCAGAAAUCUGGUGGGAGCUACUUUCUUGAAGUUUCUUGCAGAAAAUGAGUCGGCUUUUGAUCUUCUAUAUUGCAUCACGUUUAAAUUGAUGGAUCAUCAGUGGCUUGCCAUGCGCGCAUCGUAUAUGGACUUCAAUACGGUCAUGAAGGCUACUCGUCGUCAACUGGAAGAGGAGCUUCUGCACGAAGACAUAACACGGCUGGAAGAUUUGCCCUCGUACAGCCUUCUUAGUCGAUAGUGUUUGUAGUCGUGACAUUUAAGAAAAUGAAAAUGGCUUUUGUAUGCAAGUUUUGUGGCAUCUAUUGGUUUUGUUCUUACAUUAGUAGCUUUCGGUAGUGGGUGUUACUUUGUAGAAGUCGGUGGAGAGGAAAUAUGGGGAUUAUACAGUGCCUGAACUUGGUAAUGUAAGAGCAAGUACAAUGUACCCUUGUUUCUUGAAUUUGGAAAGGGGCAAUACUGCUGAGUAGUCUCAACACUGGUGGUAGGAAAUCGAAGAAUUGUCCUUCGACUACCUUUUUGGUUUAAGUAAAUCGAAAGUGGUACCCUUCUAUCGGCUA